UUGGAGGCAGUGUCUACAUGGAAUGUAUUAUUGGUGCAACACGCCCACCUGUAACAGAGGUAUGGUGGACAAAACUAUAUCCAAACGAGUUCCGUAUUCAUACAGACAAAAGUAGAGCCGAGAGAAAUUUCAGACAAAAUUAUCGAACAAGUUUUAAUUUACUCAAAGUCAGUAAGACUGAUGAAGGAGAGUACCGAUGUUAUGCAAGAAACGAAAGGGGCGAAAUGUUUGCAAAGACAACAGUGGAAACUGGAAGUCCUCCACAAGUUAAUAUUAACGAGAAUUACUUCAUCUGUAGAUUAGGUGACAACGUGACCAUUGGUGGUAAAAUCAUGAAUGCUCCAUCGAAUUCUGUAAUGGAAUGGAAAAGGUCAUCAGUAUCUCAGAAUAAUUCAGAUCGUAAAACAAUUGGAAACAUAAGUAACCCAUUCCUUUUAAUCAGAAAGGUCCAACUCAAUGAUGCAGGAAAUUAUACACUCCUUGUAAGAAAUAGAUAUGGCGAAAAUCACGAUUUAACUAUAUUGAAAGUUCUGUUUGCUUCAAUCACAGACAACCAUUAUCCAAUAAAAAAGGCAAAUGAAUCGAUCACUUUGCAUUGUAAAGUGUAUGGUGGAGAGCGGAUUAUUUGACGAAAAAAUGGCAAACCACUUAAUUUAGAAGGAAUUGGUGCCUUAAACAAUCAAUCACUGCAGUUAAAGAAUCUUAAUCGAUUAGACAGAGGAAAUUUUACUUGUGAAACAAGUUUAAAAAGUAUAACUGCAAAGAGCAGCAUAUUACAACUUGAUG